AUGGCUGCUUCAUUCGAAUUACGAGCUCGUAAAUCAAUAUCGGCCUUCGAGAAGGCCAGCCUGGCGAAGCUAGCGUGGCUAAGAAAGAACCAUAACGGGGUGAUACAACAGGAUACCCAGCCUCUAAACAUAAGCAAGCCAUUCUCGUGCUGGGAUGAAUUACCCGUCGAACUAGUGGUCAAUAUAUUCGGUCUCUGUCGACUCCAGGACCUAGGGAGUCUGCUUCUCGUUUGCCGGAAGUUCUGGUAUCUUUUGCAGGUUCACGAGGAAGCCAUCACCAGAGAGUACUUGCGUAUUCGGCGGCAUGGGACACUGCCGUCUCGAAAGCACAAGCCGAGCCAUUACACAAGGGCGCCUGAAGAUGAUGUGAUAUUGCUAUCGGACCUGUUCCCCCCGUUUGUUGAAGAUACCAGUGGCCGUGAGCAUUAUUCUUUCAGGUAUUUGGCGGACUUACGACGGAGGCAGGAAGUCUGCUCGAAAUUAUCUUAUUACCUCGCCGACCAUGUUCUGGACCGGUUCAUGGAGGAGAACCCUGGCUGGGUAAAGUCCUUAUCACAUCUACCAAAACCGACGCAGCAGAAGAUUAUGGACCGGGGCAACGCCCUUCUUAAGUCGAAACUGACUCCUCUCAUGUUUUAUACGAUGUAUUUCUUGAAAAAGUAUGAUGAAGCACGGCUAGAGCUCCAGGAUUCCCUUUAUGAAGCAUUUGAAGCUGGCAAGCUCCCCGUACCUGUCCAGCCCCGUGAUCGGUCAAUUAUGUACCGCGCUCUUCAAACAAAGAUACUCCAAGCCUACCCUUUCCUCGACUCCCAGGCAUUAAUAUCAGCUCACCACUGUAUCCGGUUACUAAUAUUUUCACUCCAUCGCGUUCUUGUUGCGGAGACACCUGUCACUACGUCAUGUGAGAAGUUCAUUAUCAUGCUACUCUCUACCUCUGGUCUGGAGCGAGUAACGGAAUUCUUUGCGGCUGAAAAGGGCGGAAGCAAUCAGCGUGCCAUGAGGAAGGAAUUUAUGCGCAAAACACAGCUGGACUGGGACAACUAUAGGAACGACCCCAAGGCUCUGAAAGUGUUUGACGCAUUGAGCGGUGAUUGUCACUAUCCGCCACUGAUGACCGAGAUAUGGACUGGACCGGCAAUAGAAGAGAUCUCCAGGCGACAAUUACUUAUACAGCAUCCCAAUGAAGAUUUUGUGACGCUGUGGAAUGAUGCACAUAUCAGCCUUGGCUGUAGUUAUUGUGCGAGAACGAAUGCGAAGAUAAAGUGGCAGGCUUGA